UCGAAAGACAGUGAGGAAGAGAAGAAAACGCCACCGAGAGGAGAAAGGAGGAUACAAAUUUACCGUUUCAAGCCGGGGGCUACCUAACUCAUGUCUGGGUAAAGGGGUGCCUCUGAGGGUUCGAAAUCCUGACCAUGUUUAGGUUAAAAAUUCUCUUAAAAUCCUUCCCUGUUUAGGACAACACACUUUUUUAAGACCCUGACAAGAGACAAAAUACACACUCACUUUCUUGGUGCUUCCGCACCAGACCCCUCCCGCCGGGCUGACUCGCUCUUCGUCGCUCGCGCGAUGAGCCGUACAGAUCGUGUAACCUGUUUAGGAUAAGUUCUGGCCCGGUUAGCCCGGUCUAGCACAGAGGCGAGCAAAAUUGUAUACCCUGUUCAGGACAGCGAGGCCAAAAAACCAUACCCUGUCUAGUGGCAUGGCACGUCCCCGUCCGCGCGUAUAAACCAAAUAAGGAAGUACCCCCCUACCCCAGGGAGCGUCACUUGGUUAAAGAAGGUAGGUUAAAAAGACUUGAAUAAUUUACAAGUGAGAUGCCUGGAGGGUUGUAAAGUAACUGAACUUAUUCACAGGGGGCGUUAGGAGUGGGAAAAAUUCCGCGUUGGCUGGUUUCGUGGCAAUUUCAGCGGCAGGAAUAGUGUGCCUGAAUGUAUCAUGUACCAGCAGAACUAUUUCUAAAAUUCCGCGUAUUUGAGGAAUUUUAAACAUUCCCGCGUACUUUUGCGCGGGAAGGAUGUGAUGACGUCACUUAUUAUGGUAAUGUAUGUGAACUCGAUUCCUUGGCGAUCUAAAUGCUGUAAUUGAACCAGAGCAAAGAAUAACGUCGAGUGGUGUUUAUAUGUAUUCUUGCAGGGACUAGAGAAAUAUCACCGGUCAUACCGGAACUCCAUUUUGGGGUUGAUCUGUGACAUCAGUAGCGAUGUCCUACUUGCAAAAUGGGCCAAAACGUCCGGCGAGCGAUAAUUUUGACGUGGCUUGUAAGGUUAUGUUGCUUGGAGAUUCCGGUGUGGGCAAAACAUGUGUGCUUGUCAGGUUCAAAGAUGGUGCUUUCUUGUCCGGCUCUUUUAUUUCUACAGUAGGGAUCGAUUAUAAGAAUAAAAUCGUUGAAGUCGAUGGCACGAAAGUAAAAUUGCAGAUUUGGGACACUGCUGGACAAGAGAGGUUCCGUAGCAUAACUCAUGCUUACUACAGAGACUCACAAGCACUCUUGUUGCUUUAUGAUGUUACAAGUGAAAGUUCCUUUGAGAAUAUUAGGGCUUGGUUAGCCGAAAUCUACGAGUAUGCAUCAUCAGAUGUCAUAAUAAUGUUGUUAGGGAAUAAGGUAACAAAUUGUCUUUUACAGGAUCAUAAUGUAGCAUUUAUGGAAACAAGUGCCCGGACUGGGUUGAAUGUUGAUUUAGCUUUCAUGGCUGUUGCCAGGGAUAUAAAACACAGAAACCUCAAGAAACCUACAGAACCAAGGUUCAACAUUGAACAGUAUGUUGAGUCACAAAGAGAAAAACCGGGUUGCUGUUCUUGACAUUGACAAGAAAUCAAGGAUACAAGACAAGAAUCAAGGGUACAAAAUGAAAAAAAUAUGAAUGACAUAAGUUAGCUAGGAAUAAACAGUGGAAGUAGCAACAGACUUAGUUAACUUGACCUCACUUUAUUCUAACUUUUCUUUACCAAAAAAUGUUAACCCUUUAUAAUUAUUUCAACAAAUGGCCAACAUCUGAUUUCUAGUUACAUGUACAUUCAUUUGCCAAGACUUAUGACAACUGAAUUGAUCGAGCAAGAAACAAAAUCUGCAAACUAGUUUUCCGGUGCUGUCAAAAAUUAAGCCAUUGCUACUGUCCUGAUAUCCUAGCUGUGAUGCGAAGUCACUGACCUGAUAUGGUCACAAUAUAAUAGUCACUUGGCCAAACUUGGGUGCAGUAAAUAUACCUAAUAGUACAUUUUUGGUAUACUUCAGCAUCAUAUCAGGCUUGGUUGGUCUCACUGUAGGUAUUUUGGCAUGACUACAACUCACCAAAAUACAAAUCAUGACUCAACAGAUCUCUCCUGAUAUGCCAUUGAAGCAUGUCAGAAAGGUACAAGUUGGUAUAACUACCAAUCAAUUUCUGAGAACCAAUAUUCAAAUAGUGAGAUCAUGUGUUAAGUGAAGGCAUCUGCAGUCGAGUGUCAAUUGAUACCCUCAAUAGACAUCUCGCUUGGUACUCGAUAGACAUCCUGAUCGAUACUCGGUCGAUGUUCAAUUGAUUUUUGAUCAACAGUUGGUCUAUAGUCAGCCAAGUGUCGACUGACUCAUAUGUAUGGAUCGAAAAUUAGUUGACUGUCAACCGAGGUGUUGGUAGAGUGCCGACUGAGUACCAAUCAAGAUUUUGAUCAGGGGAUUGAUUGAAGGUAUUGAUCGACACUCUACUGCAGAUGCCUUUGUACACAUGAUCCAAAUAACCAGUAAAAGGAAUGAUGAUGCUGAAGUUGGAAGUGAAAGGGUAAGAAUAAAAUUGAAGUACUGGUGUUAAAAGAAACCAGCUGAGUUGGUCAACUAGAACAAAGGCAUGGAGCAAAAUGCAUUAAAACCUCUUUAUUAGAUUAGUAUUAUUAAUAAUUGGACCUUGGUAAUGUACUAAACUAUUCAGAAUUUAAAAUAAGACUUAGUCCAUAAUUUAGCAUUUUUCUGCUGAUUGGUCAGGAAGGUUACAUUUGAUGAAAGUUUAAUGUUGUGGAUUGAAUGCAAAGAAGAAGUUGUUCUAGUUUUUAUCUUGCCAUGUGAACAUCUUGGCUCAAUUCCUCAGGAACUAUGUCCCCUUGAUUGGGUUCAAAGCUGCUAAUAGCAGUUCUGAACUGCUAAUGAGCUGUUAUCAGCAUAUAAUCUAUAGGUAGGAUGAGGCCCUAAAUGGUAGAAAUUGGCAAAAUAGUAGAAAUUGGCAACAGUGAUAUUGCAAGUUGUGUAUUUUUAAACUUGUUACUUGUCAAUUUUCACCCUGGUAUGGUUUCACGAUGUACAUGUACAUCUAAGUGCACUACAAGCUUUAGAAUCUAUCAUUAUCUAUUAAUGGCUUAAUGAGAACUACUUACUGUGAAAUAUUCUUUAUUUAUUAAUAGUUUUCCAAUAUUUUAUUUACUGCAAAUGUUUGGGAACUAGCUCUUUAAUAAAGGUGUAAUUUGAUUCUUAGCAUUGAUAAAACAGCUGCCAACUGGCAAAUGUAAGUGAUGUAAUAUGUAGUGAUGGUUCAGUCGUAGUUUGCGACAUCCUCAAGAUACUUGCACCAUAGUAUCAAACUUUUCUUUGGUUAUUAAUGGCUCAGUUAUGAGUAACCUGACAUGUAUUUAAAAAAUAGUAUUUGAAUUUAUUACAAAUGCUACAAAAAGGAAGUAAUACACAAUGUAGAUUAACAUAUUUCACCCAGAAAGGUUUUGCACGAACACAAAACUUGUUAGGGUCUUGGUUGUUUAAAAUUUGCAAAUGCUUUUGUAGAUAAAUUGAAAUUGUGACGCUUAAUAUUGAAUAUUUCUGAAUUAUGCUUAAUGCUAAUGUUAGGCAAUGAAUGUCACACCCCAGAGGGUACUUAAGGUGAAAAGUGACAGGGUUUUUUUUUUGUUUCACCCCUACCAAAAGCAUAAUGUUAUCACUAAUUAUAUACCCCAAAAAAUUGUUUACACUUGCUGCUCACUUUUGUCCUCAGGUACCCUUACUGGUGGUAGUGGUCCCUUGGGGACACCAAAUUAAAGGACAAAAUUUCAAAUCAAAUCCAGAAUAUUAAAUAUUUGUGUAAGCUGAUGCUAAGUAGAUUGUAAACAUUAUUGUAAGUAAAUUCAUCUUGGGAGAGGGUAGAAAAUAGUGUUGGUAGAAUACUUUGUAAAGAAAUACAUAGGCCUUUCAAAUGUAAUUUGUUAACAUAAAGUAUUUUUCCAAGAUGAAAGCCAAUUUUGUAAAACUUGUUUCAUUAGUUGUUUGAUAGGUCUGUAAUGUAACUUUUUAGUCAAUGUAUUAAUCGUCCAAAAUAAAUCCGUAAUCAUUUGUUUAAUUAAACAAAGCAAGAGACCAAAUCUCUUGAACAAACUAAAUCCUA